UCAGUUAGUAAAUAACUUUAAUUAAAAUAGUUGUAUCGUUAGAAAGCCCUUAUUUAGUGCUAUUUGUAGGUUAUUUUAGGUGGAAUAGAUGGCAAUAUUGGUGUUGGAAAAAGGAGUCAAUUAAUCUAUGGCUGCAACGAGUGUGAUGUAGCACUUUGUAACAAUAAUCGUUAUAGUUACAUCUGGCAUAGGCAAAAUUAGUAGAGAAUAGAAGUAACUGCAACUUUAGCUAUUUUUAUUGGCUGUAGGAAUUAAAAUAGUGCCUUGGCAGGGUAUGGAGUCGAGCUGGAAGUUAAGGGGAUAAGUUAUGUCCAUCUCGACCUGCCUACUUGGCUUUUGGAUCGUGGAUGGUCCUUUUGCCCAUAAGACCGUCGUCCAGGCUGCUGAGGUGGAUCCGGGCCGCUCCUUGAGUGAGCAGAGGUCAAAUUGUGUUGACCAACAACUUAGUCCCAAGUUUAGCUGCCUUGCUCAAGCUAUGUCCGAGACACCACUAGUUUGCAGUGUCUGCGGCCGGGGGCUACUGGUUCGAAUUCUACGGUCAUACUGAUCGCACAGGCAAUAUUCUCUCCUCUACUUCCAAGACCAGCCGCUUUCCCUCCUCAAGAAGUCACACCCCGAGCAAAUCCUUCAAUUUUGUUCUUCCUUUGGUUACGCCAGCCCAGCCCAGCUCAUCAACCACCAUCCUCCACCCGAGUCGCAAGCAUGGACUCGAAACCGCCUUCCCCAGAGGUUCUCUCCAUGGAGACCUCGACGAGGGAUGACAGCUACUUUCGGAUCCGCUACAACGAUAAAGUCAAAUACGUCGUCGUCACACGCGGUACCUUCAACUCUGACGAGCUUUGCUUGCCGCUGUAUUCACUCCCACCUCUCCCAUACGAUGAUGACGGAUGGACUGUUGCCCGUGUUUCGCGCAAUCCGGGAAGCCCGCAGCUACAGUUUGUUCUAGAAAACCGCCCACUGCAGGGGGUCAAGGAGAUCUGGCACCCCGAGCAGGUCGACUGCCUGGCACUCAAAAGGGUCCAAAGGUUGACGAUGAAUGUGUCUGAGUGCACCCGAAAGGGCCAAGAGGCGCCCCAGUCGACCGUUAUCGCAAAAAUCGCGCGAUUUGAGUGGGAGAUCCCGCGCAUUGAGCAAGAAGGGCACGUGUAUCGCCUUCUUCAGGAUACCGACAUUGGCCCCCAGUUCCUAGGACAUGUUGUUGAACAAGGCCGUGUAAUUGGGUUCGUGCUUGAAAAGUUGCACGGCAAAUCUGCUAGCAUCGAGCAUCGAGCCCGCUGCACCGAGGUCUUAGGGCGCCUCCAUCGACUGGGGCUUCUCCACGGCGACGUCAAUCGGCAUAAUUUCAUGGUCGGUGACGGCUGGACAAAGAUGAUCGACUUUGAGAAAUCUAAAGAAACACAAGACGAGGGACUUGUCAAGGCGGAGCUGUCAAGUCUCUCAUCUGAACUCGAAGAUGAGAGCGGACGCGGCGCAGGAUUUCUUUGAUGUCACGACAGCAGGCACGGACAAUUCAGUACACCAGUUGACUUUCUCGAUCAGCAAAAGUCUGUACAAAGCAAACAUAAGGAUUGAAAUAACGGAUCAUCGAUCGACACGUGCGUGUACGCGAUACUGGCCGGCGCUUCUUGGUGCGAACGUGGGGAGACGCAGCGGGAAGACAUGGGCGUAGCGA